UGAAACUGUUGGCGAUCUCUGAUUCAUAAAUGUUUACGUUCAGUGCGCGUGAGCUGCUGAAAUGGGUUGGUGGUUAGUGGUAUUAUCCUCUCUCGUGGUGGUAUCAGCAAGGUACCAGUACCGCCCAACCGUGAUCAACUACCCGAAAAACUCGGCAUUUUGGGCGACAGAUUUCUUCGUACACGGCUGCAAGACUUUCCUCGAUAGAUGCGCUCAGUCGUACAAAAUGCAAACCGUCUGCGCCGUUUCAUACAAUGACGAAUACAGAACCUUCCCAAACUACUGUGAAAUGCAAUUCGUGAAUUGCAACUCUUGGCGAAAUUGGCGAAUUUUCAAGCGAGAGCCUUGCUAAGAAUCCAUCAAGAUAAUUUUAAA